AGAAACAAUAUAUAUAUAUACAAAUAAAUAAGGCAAAAAAAAAGAGAGAGAUGUCUGAUUGGGGGCCAGUGUUGAUUGCAGUGGUGCUAUUUGUGCUAUUGAGUCCAGGUUUAUUGUUUCAGUUGCCUGGUAGACACAAAAUUGUUGAGUUUGGGAACAUGCAGACUAGUGGACUCUCUAUAAUUGUUCAUACUGUCCUCUAUUUUGGAGUCAUUACUAUCUUCCUUAUUGCUAUCGGAGUUCACAUCCAUACUGGUUAAUUUAUUGAGGUUUUAGAGAUGUGCCUUCUUUUUUUUUUCUUUUAAUUGUAUUAAUUUUAUCGAAUUAACUCAUGUUUCAAUCUAAUAUCUCAAGUCCUGAUAAAUUGUUU